UUGUGUUCCUCUUGUGUGUCACGCAGGAAGACGAGAAAUUUUUGUCUGAAGUUUUUGCACAGUUAACAGAUGAAGCUACAGAUGAUGACAAACGGUGUGAACUGGUUAACUUUUUCAAGGAAUUCUGUGCAUUUUCCCAGACGUUACAACCUCAGAACAGAGAUGCUUUUUUCAAAACGUUGGCAAAGUUGGGAAUUCUUCCAGCCCUUGAGAUUGUAAUGGGAAUGGAUGAUCUGCAAGUUAGAUCUGCUGCUACAGAUAUAUUUUCUUAUCUAGUAGAAUUUAGUCCAUCCAUGGUCCGAGAAUUUGUAAUGCAAGAGGCUCAGCAGAGUGAUGAUGAUAUCCUCCUCAUCAACGUGGUCAUUGAGCAGAUGAUCUGUGACACCGAUCCCGAGCUCGGGGGAGCCGUGCAGCUGAUGGGGCUUUUGCGGACUCUGAUAGAUCCAGAGAAUAUGUUGGCCACAGCUAAUAAAACAGAAAAAAGUGAAUUUCUCAAUUUCUUCUACAACCAUUGUAUGCACGUUCUCACUGCACCGCUUCUGGCCAAUACAGCAGAAGAUAAAUGUGAAAAAGAUGCAGUAGUUGGGUCCACGAAGAGUAAUACAAUUUGUCCUGAUAAUUACCAAACGGCACAACUACUUGCCUUAAUUUUGGAGCUGCUGACUUUUUGUGUGGAGCACCACACGUAUCACAUCAAGAACUACAUUAUGAACAAAGAUUUGCUAAGGAGAGUACUGGUCUUGAUGAAUUCAAAACACACCUUUCUGGCCUUGUGUGCUCUUCGCUUUAUGAGGAGGAUAAUUGGCCUAAAAGAUGAAUUUUAUAACCGUUACAUCACCAAGGGAAACCUGUUUGAACCAGUUAUAAACGCUCUGUUGGAUAAUGGAACUAGGUACAAUCUGCUCAACUCUGCUGUGAUUGAGCUGUUUGAAUUCAUCAGAGUGGAAGAUAUUAAGUCCCUUAUUGCACAUAUAGUUGAAAACUUUUAUAAUGCACUUGAAUCUAUUGAGUAUGUUCAGACGUUCAAGGGACUGAAGACAAAAUAUGAGCAAGAAAAAGACCGACAAAACCAGAAACUGAACAGUGUUCCAUCUAUAUUGCGUAGCAAUAGAUUUCGCAGAGACGCAAGAGCCUUAGAGGAGGAUGAAGAAAUGUGGUUCAAUGAAGACGAAGAGGAAGAAGGUGAAGCUGUUGUGCCUCCAGUUGAGAAGUCCAAACAGGAGGAUGAUUUUCCAGAUAGCUAUGAAAAAUUUAUGGAAACUAAAAAAGCUAAGGAGAGUGAAGACAAAGAGAAUCUUCCAAAAAGGACUUCAGCUGGGGGAUUCAAAUUCACUUUUUCCCACUCAGCCAGUGCAGCCAAUGGUGCAAACGGUGCAAACAGUAAAUCUGUGGCAGCUCAGACGUCACCAGCAAGUUCCAACGGCUCCUCGUCAAAGAACGCGACCCUGACCACAGCGGUGACAGCCACCAAGGGAAGUCUAGUUGGCCUCGUGGAUUAUCCUGAUGAUGAAGAUGAUGACGAAGAGGAGGAGGCGUCUCCAAGAAAAAGACCUCGUUUGGGUUCAUAAAUGAAACCAAAACUUUGGAAUAAAAACUUUUUAUUAUGGGGUUUCAAAUGCUGCAACUGUUUUAAGAGCUAAAAGGAAUCUGAUUCAGAAAGCUUUCUCCCAUGAGUAUAUAAGUAAUACAAGGAGUAGCAAAAGAAACUCAGUGUAUCAGCUAGAAAGGGUUAGUUCUGUAAACACAAAGCUUCCAAGGAACUGAAUAUCUUUCUAGUAAGUCAGGAGUCUGCCAUUCAGGCUGUCAACAAA